CUCGACCCUGACGAAGCCGGCUAGUAUUCGACUCGCCCAACCCAUUUUCCCCAUUUCUUUACCCUGAUUGAGUGCCUUUGCGCGUAAAUCCACAACCAUGAAGCUCGUCCGGUUUCUGAUGAAGUGCGCCAACGAGACGGUGACGAUUGAACUGAAGAAUGGCACCAUCCUUCACGGCACCAUCACCUCCGUCUCCCCCCAGAUGAACACCUCCCUCCGCACGGUCAAAAUGACCCCCAAAGGCCGCGACCCUAUUUCCCUCGAUACCAUCAACAUCCGUGGCUCGACGAUCCGCUACUACAUCCUGCCCGAUAGUCUGCCCCUCGACACGCUGCUGAUCGACGACACGCCCAAGCCCAAGAACAAGGCGCGCAAGGAAGCCGACCGCGGAGGCCGUGGUGGUCGUGGUGGUCCUCGUGGUAGAGGGCGCGGUCGUGGCCGUGGUCGUGGUCGUGGAUUCUAAGCUGGAUGGGAUCGGUAUUAGACAUUGCGAUUUCAUUUUUUACUACUACAACUACUUGAGGAUCGGAGUUUUUUCUUGUUUCUUUUUGUGACUCUUUUUUAUCUCUUGUCUAUCCUAUGGCUGGGUGAUUGAUUUUGCGCUGAAUGGGUUUCGACAUGAUACUGGUCUGGUUCUGGGUGUGAGGUGGAAAAGCUGGACCAGGAAAAUGGGUAAGAAAAAGCGGCGGUGAUUUACGAGGUCUCCUGGGUUGGGUUGGGUUGCGCGGUGGAUUUUCGGGUCUAAUUUCAUUUAUUAGACUCGAGAUGAAACUGCAAGGCAGGUCGG